AAACGACCUAAAACCCCUCUUCCUUCUUCCCCUUAUCCCUCUCUCUCUCUCUCUCUCUCUCUCUCUCCAUGACCGCAACUCUCACCUUCAAGCCCUUAUCCAUGGUGGAGGGCUGCCUCCCCUCCCUCACCACCCUGUUCUCCUCCAAACCCUCUUACACCUUCCUCCCCCUCCCUCCCAAACCCCUCCGUCACCUACACCUGUCCUUCUCCUUCUCCUCCUCCUCCUCCCCUUCUUCCCUUCCCCCAUUCCUUUCCACCCAAAAGAAGCCUUCUUGGAUCCCCCUCGUGGCCCAGACCUCCGACUGGGCCCAGCAGGAGGAGGAGGAGAACGAGGUCAAGGGCGAAGAUUUCGUCUUGGAAGGCCAGGAGGAGCCGGAGCAGCAGGAGGGGGAGGGGGAGGGGCCCGAAGCUGGGCUCUCGGAGUGGGAGGUAGAGGAGGAGGAGCCGACGGAGGAGGGUGGAGAGGAGCCCUACGUCGAGCCGCCCGAGGAGGUCAAGCUCUUUGUUGGGAAUCUUCCUUAUGAUAUCGACAGCGAGAAGCUCGCCCACCUUUUCAACAAGGUUGGUGUUGUCGAAGUCGCCGAGGUCAUAUAUAACAGGGAGACGGAUCAGAGUCGUGGGUUUGGGUUUGUCUCUUUUAGCACUGUUGAAGAAGCUGACAAAGCUGUGGAAAUGUUCCAUCGUUAUGAACUAAAUGGCAGAUUGCUGACUGUGAAUAAGGCAGCUCCUAGAGGCGAUCGUGUAGAGAGAGCUCCCCGAGAGUUUGAACCUUCUUCCAGGAUCUAUGUUGGAAAUCUGCCAUGGCAAGUGGAUGAUGCUCGCUUGGAACAAGUGUUUAGCGAACAUGGUAAAGUGGUGGAUGCAAGGGUCAUAUACGACAGAGAGACCGGUCGUUCACGUGGGUUUGGUUUCGUGACAAUGUCAUCCCAUAAUGAAGUAGAUGAUGCCGUUGCUGCUCUUGAUGGCCAGAGUUUGGAUGGUCGGACGCUGAGAGUGAAUGUUGCUGAAGAAAGGCCACGACGUGGUGCAUUUUGAUAUUGAGGAAGCAACUGAGCGUGUUUCUGGAUUCUUGAAAGUCGCACAGAGUGCUUUUAUUGAGCAUUUAAUAUUAGUUUGUAGUAUGUACUGUAGGGUAAUUUUUGCAUGCUUUUUACGUAUUAGGACAUUUUGGGUCUUCACUGCUUCAUUCAUGUUGAUGAUGCUGUGAUACACCAUCUCUGUCCCAUGUUGAUCAAUCGUUUUCUAACAAAUUUCCUACUUGUAAGCUAUAAGCUACACAAAGGUGAAGACUCAAAAAUUUCUCAAUUGAGUGGUUCCUCUCUUUACUCAUUUUAGAGAUUCGA